UAACCUGCCCAAGUCGCCAUGUUGUGGCACUUUCUAGUGCUGGUGCUGGCAGCCAUCAUCGCGGUGGCUGGUGCUGCCAAUCAGGAGCUGGAGGAGAGCGAACUUGCCGCCCUCAAGUACGUCAACGAUCUGGAACGGGAGAUUCUGGCCAGGAACUAUGAAGCCACCGAGGCUUCCUGGGCGUACGAGUCCAAUCUGAUCGAGGAAAAUCUGAAGCAGCGCAACGAGAUCCAGACGCGCAAUGCCAACUAUUUCAAGGAGGUCGCCCGUGAACUGCGAAAGUUCGACUACAAGAGUUUCAAGGAUGCUGACCUGAAGCGCAAGAUCGAAAAGAUGACUGACCUGGGUUACGCUGCACUGUCCGAGGAGAAGUUCUCCCAGCUGUUGGAUGCCAUUUCAGGCAUGUCGGAGAACUACGCCAUGGCAAAGGUUUGUGAUUACAAGAUCCGCGAGAAGUGUGAUCUCUCGUUGGAGCCGGAGUUGACCGAGAUUCUUGCCACAAGCCGUGACCCGGAGGAACUGAAGCACUACUGGAUCGAGUGGUACAAUGCUGCUGGAGCUCCAACCCGAGAGGAUUUCCAGAAGUACGUGUCACUGAAUAAGGAGGCUGCUGAGUUGAACAACUUCACCUCCGGAGCUGAAGCCUGGUUGCAUGCGUACGAGGAUGAAAGUUUUGAGGAACAGGUUGAUGCUGCUAUCGAAGAAAUCCGCCCACUGUACGAGCAGAUCCAUGCCUACGUUCGCCACAGGCUUCGGGAACGCUACGGAGAGGACGUAGUAUCGGAGAAGGGACCCAUCCCGAUGCACCUGUUGGGUAACAUGUGGGCUCAGACCUGGGAUAACGUAGCGGACAUCACUACUCCCUUCCCGGAUAGCCGUCAGCUGGACGUCACCGAAGAGAUGGUCCGCCAGGGCUACAACCCGAUUCAGAUGUUUGAGAUGGGUGAUGAGUUCUUCGUUUCGUUGAAUAUGACCAAGCUGCCUGAAUCCUUCUGGCAGAAGAGCAUCCUGGAGAAGCCAACCGACGGUCGCGAGCUGGUCUGCCACGCUAGUGCCUGGGACUUCUACCGCACGGACGAUGUCCGCAUCAAGCAGUGCAGCCGCGUCAACAUGGAAGACUUCUUCACCGUUCACCACGAACUCGGACACAUCCAGUACUUCCUCCAGUACCAACACCAACCGAGCAUGUACCGCGAGGGAGCCAACCCCGGAUUCCAUGAAGCCGUCGGCGAUGUUUUGUCUCUGUCCGUUUCGACUCCGAAGCACUUGCAAACCAUCGGUCUCCUCAAGGACUUCACCCUGGACGAAGAUGCCAAGGUCAACCAGUUCUACCGAUCGGGCCUGUCCAAGUUGGUCUUCCUGCCAUUUGCCUACACCAUCGACAAGUACCGCUGGGGAAUCUUCCGCGGCGAAAUUCAACCCCACGAAUACAACUGCAAGUUCUGGGAAAUGCGCACCAAGUUCUCCGGUAUUGAACCCCCGGUAGUCCGUACCGAGAAGGACUUUGACGCCCCGGCCAAGUACCACGUGUCGUCCGAUGUUGAAUACCUGCGCUACCUGGUUUCCUACAUCGUCCAGUUCCAGUUCCACCGAUCGGCUUGCGAGCUGGCCGGAGAGUACGUCAAGGGUGAUCCGGAGAAGACGCUGAACAACUGUGAUAUCUACCAGAGUGUGAAUGCUGGCAAUGCAAUCAAGGAGAUGCUGGCCAUGGGAUCGUCCAAGCCGUGGCCCGAUGCGAUGGAGGUGCUGACCGGACAGCGCAAGAUGAGUGCCAACGCCUUGCUGGAGUACUUCCAACCGCUGUAUGAUUGGCUGGUGGUGGAGAACAAGCGGAUCGGUGCUUACAUCGGCUGGAAGUCGUCCGAUAAAUGCAAGCCCGAAUAGGAUGGAUCCGUGUUUGGAAAUUGAACGUUGAUUUGACUCUUGAAAAA